CCUACAUUUGGAUAACAAUACUGAAAAAAAUUAUCUGACUACAGAUUUUUUUCGCCGAGUUUCAAAACAUUUUUCGCAUUUUAUUAUUUAGAUGAGGACUUCGAAUUCAAGAAGGAUAACUUAUAUUAUUUGGAAGUCGUUUUUAUUUUUACAAAAUGACAUGAAAACGGUUUAAAACUGGCCAAAAAAUAAUUUUUUGAGGAGAGGAAAAGAAGCCAAAAAUGUUGGCCAAAUUCUGUGUUCUGAGCGGCUGUUUGGCCGAGAUAGUUUUCUUCCUGUACAAGACUGGGGAGGCGAUGCUGGACGCGGCCAUUCGACCCUUCGUCAUCAACGCCGUCUGCAAGGACAUGACACGUGACAUGGUCAUCGUGAGCAACGACUGGACACCCAGGCAGCAGAUGUUCAUGAACGGCUCGCUUGACCCCUGCGAUUACCUGGAGGAGCUGCCACUUCUGGAGUCACCUGUACAGGCCAGAUCUGCGACAUUUUUAAUGAUUUACCGUAUACUAGUCAGUGUACCUGCGGUAUUUCUAGGGCUGUUCUGUGGAGCGUGGAGUGACCGCACGGGUAGAAAGCUGCCUAUGAUGAUCCCAAGUUUAGGUAGCAUUCUAGCCGUGCUGUUGUACAUGAUUGGCAUUGUCAUGGUACAACAUACUCUGAUGAUUAUCAUGGUCGGAGCACUGGUUCAGGGAAUUCUGGGUAAAAGUUCAGUGAUAACAAUGGCGGUCAACAGCUACAUCAGCGAUACGACCUUUAAGGAGGACCGGACUAGGAAGCUGGGGAAGCUGUUGGCCAUGAAUUUCUUCGGACUCUUUAUAGGUUCCCUGUUGGCCGGAGCCCUGCAGGACAUCGCCAACCUGCAGACGACCCUGGUGGUGGUCAGCGUGUUCCACGCGGCCUCGGUGCUGACGGUCGUUCUGUGCAUGGAGGAGAGCAUGCACGACAAGAUGCCCAGCGGGGAGGGCUUCGACGGCCACUACAGUCGGAACCCGCCGCUCUUCAGUCUCCAGAGCGUGAAGGACUCAGUGCGGGCCCUCGUCAAACCACGAGAAGAAGGGAAGAGAACUCUUGUUAUAGUCGCCUUCAUGGCCAUGUUUCUCAACCAGACGUGUAAAGUUGGCGAGCAGGACGUCACGGUGCUGUUUGUGCAGAAACCCCCUCUCUCGUGGGAGCCGUCCGGCUACGGAUACCUCCUCUCCGUGGACUACGCCGGGAUGGGCCUCUGCCUCCUGCUCCUGCUGCCCGUCCUGUCCACGUUCCUCAACGUCAGCGACAUCGCCAUCGUCCUGCUGGGGCUGGGCUGUAAGCUGGUCAGGACCGUCUGGGCCGGCUUCUGUACCCAGACCUGGAUGGUCUACGUGUCGGUCAUCGUGGGGUCAGCCGCAGGGGUCAUCACAUCCGGGUUAAGGUCUAUACUAAGCAAGGCCGUGUGUGAUGACGAGACGGGCAAGGUUUUCGCCCUCGCCUCCAGCGCUGAGACCCUGGCUAAGCUGCUGGGCUCUGUCGUGUUUGUCAACAUCUACGCCGCCACGCUGGACAUCUGGGCGGGGCUGGCCUACAUCUCUGCUGCGCUGGUCACUCUCGUGCUCAUCAUUUUAAUGGUCUGGCUGUACAAGGAGCAGCAGCUGGUCACCAACACCAGUCUCAUCAUGGGCUACCAGAGCACGUGGGAUCAGCGACUCCUGGCCGCCAACAACUACCCCACCAUCUGCGAGCCCGAGGCGGACGACCGAGAGACCGAGUCCAUCCUGCCCCUGAGUGCCAGCACUGCCAGUCUUUCAGCCCUGCCGAUCACCAGCCCUUGUGAAUGACAUCAGCACUGACGCGACAGACGGACAGAGACUUUCAGGGCUGAGGGCAAGGUUGUAGAAUACAGGACCGAGGGCCACAAUGACAAAUAUACAGCAAAAGGUCACAACAAGUAACAUAGAACCGAGGGCCACAACAAGUAACAUGAACCGAGGGCCACAACAAGUAACAUGAACCGAGGGCCACAACGACUGACAUAGAGCCGCCGAGGGCCUCAAUACCUAGCCCUGUUGACCCUACACUUGUUAUUUAUUGACAUGAAUCUCACUCACAAGACAGAUUGUUAUAACAAAUGAUGUUUUAAUAAACUUGU